AAAGCUUCCUGUACACCAAAAGUUGCCGAACCAUGACCGAGUCCACCCCAGUGUUCCAGACGCAUGCAUCAGCCCCUGAAAAGGCGCCACGCAAGUGGCUUGUUGCUGGCGCUACCCUCGCCUCCACGUUGUUUAUGUUUGGAGUCAGCCACACAUCCCCCAUCACGCAAACUGCAACUGCGGCGAUGAACCUUCGCGCAGGGUCUGCCGUCGUCGGUUCGCUCAGCGGGUUGACAGCGGAAGAAUCGAUUAUCGCCACUGCACUCAACCCCCACGAACAAAGCGCUCGCACGGCCCGAUGGCUCGUGCAUAAAAACUCAUGGGCCACCAUUGCCACGACUUCUAUUCACUUGAAUGGCGCCCCUUUUGCCGGCCUGGCAUCCUACAGCGAUGGCAUUGGCAACUCGCCCGAGAAUGCCACGGGAAAUAUCCUCUUUUACUUGACCCCCAUGGACUCGACGGGCCAAGAUGUGGCAAAGAACCCGCAUGUCUCUGUUGGGAUUGCCAUGGCUCAGUUGGGCCACUGUAUCAUGGAUGCGCAAGACCCGACGUGCUGGAAGGCGACGAUCUCCGGCAAGUUGCUGCCCGUGGAAGGGGACGCCGCCAAGAGGGCUGCAUUGCAAGUUCUCUAUUCCAAGCAUCCCCAAAUGUCGUGGUGGCCUGCUGGCCAUGGCUUUCAACCGUUCGUUGGCAAAUGGCAUCCGUGAACUAUUUGUGAUCAAUGCAACUCGAUAGAUUCGAGCUUCAUCCGACGGAAAUUUUGCUCUUGGACUUUUAUGGCGGCGCCAAGAACAUCACCACGGACGAGUACUAUGCUGUCAAGCUUUAAAUCGAAGCAAGACGUGUGUUCCCAUGGUGAGCAUACGCUCUCUUGAUAGGUAUAGAACGGGAUUAAGGCGCGAUGAGAUAUCACAAACAACAGUCUAACAGCAAGGACGAGUUCUCACGGCCA